AUGUCUUUUCGACUUUCUGGUGGGUCCAGGCGGAUCUGCUCGCGAACUGGGUCUGGUAGGCUGUCCGGUGGAGGAACAGGCUUUGUGGCUGGAAAUGUGUGUGUUGGGUCCGGAGCAGGAAGCAGCUUUUCUUGUACUCUUGGGGGUAUCUCUUCUGGAGGAAGCUUCUGCAAUAGCGGUGGAGGGUUGGGAAGCGGUGCCUGUACUGGUUUUCUUGGCAAUGAGCACAGCCUCCUCUCUGGGAAUGAAAAGGUGACCAUGCAGAAUCUCAAUGACCGCCUGGCAUCCUACCUGGACCAUGUGCGUGCUCUGGAGGAGGCCAACGCAGAUCUGGAGCAGAAGAUCAAGGGCUGGUACCAGAAAUGUGAGCCUGGCUCUUCCCGGGGACACGAUCAUGACUAUAGCAGAUACUUCUCAGUCAUUGAAGAUCUUAAAAGGCAGAUUAUUUCUGCAACCACCUGCAACGCCAGCAUUGUUCUACAAAAUGACAAUGCCAGACUGACCGCUGAUGACUUCAGGCUGAAGUAUGAAAAUGAGCUGGCUCUGCACCACAGUGUUGAGGCCGACACCAAUGGUCUUCGCAGAGUGUUGGAUGAGCUGACCCUUUGUACAACCGACCUGGAGAUACAGUGUGAGACCCUCAGUGAGGAACUGACCUACCUCAAAAAAAAUCAUGAGGAGGAGAUGGAAGUCUUGCAGUGUACAGCUGGGGGAAAUGUGAACGUGGAGAUGAAUGCAACCCCAGGAGUGGACCUAACUCUCCUGUUAAACAACAUGAGGGCUGAGUAUGAGGACUUGGCUGAGCGGAACUGCAAAGAUGCUGAAGCCUGGUUCAAUGAGAGGAGUGCAACGCUGCAACAACAGAUUUCCAAUGAUGAGGGAACAGCCACAGCAGCCAGAAAUGAGCUGACCGAAUUGAAACGCAAACUGCAAACCCUGGAAAUAGAACUUCAGUCCCUCAUGGCUGUGAAACAUUCCUAUGAAUGCUCCUUGGUUGAGACUGAACGAAAUUACUGCAGUCAACUCCAGCAAAUUCAGGAUCAGAUCGGGGUGAUGGAGGAACAACUGCAACAGAUUCGAACAGAAACAGAAGGCCAGAAGCUGGAGUAUGAACAGCUUCUUGAUGUAAAAAUCUUUUUAGAAAAAGAAAUUGAAAUUUAUUGCAACUUACUAGAUGGAGAAGAAAGAAAAAGCAAAUCCACAUGUUACAAAUCAAAAGGAUGCAGGCCUGUGAAUUCUGGAAAUCAAGGCAAAGACUCAGCAAAGGAAACUAUUGUCAAAACACUGGUUGAGGAGCUGGAUCAAAUUGGCAGUGUCCUUUCACUGAGAGUCCACUCAGUUGAAGAAAAGUCCUCUAAAAUAAGCAACAUUACAGUAGAACAACGAGUACCUUCUAAAGCACCAUAA